AUGGGUGGUGCUGUGUCCUCGGCUAAGGACGUGCAGUACUCUGUCAGCGUACCCAGCGGCGAAUCCACGGCUGACCGCACACCGCCACGGCGGCAUUAUUCUUCUUUAGAUCGCCUUGCCGAAAACUUUUCUACAAACCCGGUUAAAAAUGCGUGGGAGUUGUUUCAAAUGGGAGUUGGGAAGUCGGCUGAAGGUCCCUGUCUGGGCACGCGACUUGUUACACCCGAUGGCCGAAGGGGGGAAUAUGUGUGGAAAUCUUACAGAGAGGUGGAGCGUCUUGCGCUAGAGGCGGGAAGCGGCCUUUUGAAUGGAGAUUUCGUCCCUCUUCUCCACUUUGAGCAGCCCGGAGGCCAGCAGUUGUCUUUGAGGUGUUUAGGCAUCUUUGCGAGGAACCGAGAGGAAUGGAUUAUCACAGAGCACGCCUGCAAUGCGUACGGCGUGACUGUGGUGCCGCUGUACGACACCCUGGGGCCCCACAGCACACGGUUUAUCCUGGGGGAGACACAGAUGAAGACAGUUGUUAGCGAUGGGGAAUGCUUGGUGAAGCUGCUCGAUGCUCUACAGCAGCAGCACAGCGGGGAGAAGCAGCAGCAGUAUCGCGAGGAACAGUACGAGGUGCAGGAGAACGACAUAGUUUUGGAGUGUGUUAUCACAUUAGACACAGUCCCAGAUGAGCAGCGAGAUAAGGCCAAGGCGUUGAGGGUUCGUCUUCUGUCCUGGGAAGACCUCCUCGAGCUCGGGAGAGCCAACAUGGUGCCUCUUUCUGACGAGGUGCAGCCUACGCUGGAAUCCCUCCACACUAUUUGCUACACCUCAGGCAAGUGA